AUGGAUAACAACCCAGAUGGCGGAAUGUCCGCAGACCUUCUCGGUCUCGAGGACAAGAUCUCCAAGAUCAGGUCUCAAAUCAACUCCAAAUUGGAGAACCAAAAGCAACUUGCCAUCAUUUUAUCUGCAGUUGAAGAGAACAUCGAAGAACAGCACAAUGAAAAGUCCCCUAUAACUUAUUUCGUAUCCUUCUUGUCCUUGUUGGAACAAUCCGUGAAGGAAGAUGAAAUCGCCGAUGUCGGAUUAGCUACCACCUCCGCCUACUUCCUCGACAUCUUCGUUCCAUUCACUCCAGCAAGUUUAUUAAAGAGUAAGUUUGGUGAAAUUUUAACCAAGUUGGCUCCAUGUUUGACUCACCCCAAGGCUGAAGCUCCCUUGAUAAGAUCUACCAUUGGUGUCUUGGAGAGCUUGUUGUUGGUCCAAGAGCACCAACAAUGGUCCUCAAACUCCAAUAUUUCUCCAAAGAGAGCGUUGUUGGGUUUGUUAGAGUUAUCCUUCGACAUCAGACCAAAGGUUAGAAAGAGAGCACAGGAAGCAAUCAAGAACAUCUUGAUGAACCCUCCAGCUUCUCCAUCGCCUUACCACAUAGCAUCUCCAUUAAUUGGAGAAAUUUCAUUAAACAAGUUGAAGUCAUUGAUGGAAGAAUCCAGGGCCACUAAAAAGUCUGCUCAAAAGGAAAUCAACAGUCAACUUAUUCAUUGUUUGCAAUUGGUGACUGUCAUCACCUCUACCAACUCGUGGCCAACCAGCCAAGUCGAAAACUUGUGUGAUGUUCUUCUUGAGAUUUCCAAGGCUUCUGACCAAUUCCUUAUUUCUUCCACUUUCCAAGCAUUUGAAGGUUUGUUCAAGUCGAUGACAAAUGAAAUUGACAUCGAAAGAUUCAACAGAGUUUUGGAUAUCAUAUUUGAUUUGAAACCUUCCCUCAACGAUACCUAUUUGGCUGCUACUUGGUUAGCCAUUAUUGCCAAGGGUUUGGAAAGCUUCUCUAUCUUGUCGCCCGAAGCUUGCUUCAAGAAGUUAGUUGUGAUCAUUCCAAUUGUUGCUGGAUUCUUGGCCUCGGAAUCCAAGGAUAUUACCACAUCUUCCAGCCAGUGCUUGAUUGCCAUUAUCAGUCAGACUAUCCCAGACAACUUACUCUUGUUCCAAACUCCUCAAAAUGGUAUUUCUGAUGAAGUUGCCGAAUUCUUUGAUGAUUUUGUUCCAUUCAUUUCCCAAUUGAUCGAGAAAGAACUCUUCAGCAUUAAGUAUCAACACUCCACUAAGGAAAUUUUGGAGUUUGUCACUGCUUGUGUCUUGAAGUUCAGAACCCGUGGUAGCUCAGACUUCUUUAAGAUCCUUAUAACUGUGGGUGACUGGCGUACCAAUGAAUCCAAUUCUUUCCCAUACAACAAGGAAGUUGAAGAUUUGAUUUCUGCUUACAUCAAAGCGUUGGGUCCUCAAUUUGUUUUGGGCUACUUACCAUUGAACUUGGAAUCUUCCGAUCAACCAGGUAGAGCAUGGUUAUUACCUCUCUUGAGAGACAAUGUUUCUAACGCAAAGUUACAGUUCUACAAGACCAAUGUGUUGCCAUCCGUGGAAUUCUUUGAUGCUAAGAUCAAGGAAUCAAACAAGAAGGAUACUGUUCAUAAUAAGAUUUUCCAGACCAUUAUCGAUCAAAUCUGGUCCUUGCUUCCACGCUUUGCUGACUUGCCAGUCGAUUUGCGUGAUGCCUUCGAUGACAAGUUCGCUGCUCAAUUGUCUGAAUUGAUGUACUCUAAUGUUGAAUUGAGAACACCAAUCUGUAAUGCUUUGAGGGUUUUAGUGGAAUCCAAUCUCAAAUACAUAGAGUCUGAAGAAAGAGACUUAUUCGUCGAACAAGAAUUUCCAGUUUCUGAAGCUCAAAAGAACAUCGAAUACUUAGCAUCUAAGGCCUCCAACGUCUUGUCUGUUUUGUUCAACGUGUUUUCAUCUACUUUGCCUGAUUCCAGAGGUUUUGUGUUGGAAACCAUUGACGUCUUCUUGAGAAUCAUACCGAAACCAGACUUGGAAGUUACCUUCAACAAGGUGUGUGGAUUAUUGAAACAAGCCAUGGAUGACGAAGCAUCAUCCAAUGCUAAGCCAAAGAAGGAUGAACCUGCCUUGAGUGUCACCAUGAUGGACUUGGUCGUUGCCAUGUCCAAGUACGUUCCUGAGCCAUGUCACAAUGCUUUGAUGUCUAUCUUUUCCUCUACUGUCAGCAUGACAAACUCCUCUUUGAUGCAAAAGAGAUCUUAUAGAAUCAUCUCCAGAUUACUCGAAACCGAUGAAGGUAAGGCUACUGUUGUCAGGUUCAUCAAGGAAAUCCAGGAUGUCAUGGUUCAAACCACUGAAUCCACUGUCAACUCUGCCAGAGCCCCAAGAUUGACCACUAUUCUCUUCAUUGUUGAAUUGUUACCACAGUCUGACUUGUACUUCGUCCCAUCCAUUUUGCAAGAAAUCAUCAUGUCCACCAAGGACGUCAAUGAAAGAUCAAGAGAAUUAUCGUACCAAAUCUUGAUCAAGAUGGGUAAAAUAAUGGGUGCUGGUGGUAUGGUUGAAAACAGCAAGGUUCCAGGCUUUGCUCCAGAUGCACCAAGCUCCGAGGCUAGUUUGAACGAAUACUUCACCAUGGUUAGUGCUGGUUUAGCAGCACAAUCUCCACACAUGAUUUCUGCCACUAUCACUGCUAUCUCCUGUUUGGUUUUUGAAUUCAAGAAUGACUUACCAGUUGAGGUUUUGAUGGAAAUCUCCUCCACUGUCGAAUUAUUCUUGACUCACAACUCCAGGGAAAUUGCCAAGGCCGCCAUCGGUUUCGUCAAGGUGGAAGUUUUGUCCUUGCCAGAAGACUUGGUCAGAAACAACUUGUCUGAAUUGUUGAGCAAGUUGAUGAGAUGGUCUCAUGAACACAAGGGACAUUUCAAGUCCAAGGUCAAGCAUAUUUUGGAAAGAUUGAUCAGAAAAUUCGGUGUUGAGUUGGUGGAACAGGCCAUCCCAGAAGAAGACAAGAAGUUGGUUGCCAACAUCAAGAAGACCAGAGCCAGAGCUAAGAGAAGAGGUGAAGGCGAGGAUGAAGAUGCAUCCAAGGGUACCGAGAAGAAGUUCGUUUCUGCUUAUGAAGAAGCCUUGUACGACUCUGAAGUUUCCGAUGAUGAAGCCGAAGAAGACGAGAAGCCAACCAAGGGCAAGAAGAAGUCCAACCAAUUUAUCUUGGACACCGGAGACGAACCAUUGAACUUGUUGGACCGUCAAUCUUUGGCCCACAUCUCGUCGUCCAAGCCAAAGAAAUUUGACAAGAAGGAGUUGACCAACAUAAUAUCCGAGUUCAAGACCGCCAACGGCAAGCUUGUGAUCAAUGACAAGGACGAGGAUCCUUUAGCAGGCAAGGGAUCAGGUGUGGAUGCUUACUUGGACGCUGUCAAGCAAGCACCUGUCAGAGGUCAAAGAAACAAGUUGAAGUUCAAGAAGUCCAAGGAAGAAGACAACUGGUCCGACGACGAGGACUCCCAGCCAGCAGCCAAGAAGGCUUACAAGGGAAGCAACAAGGUGAUGAAGCCUAGACAGAAGUUCAAGGCUAGAAAGAAGUUCUAG